UUUCAGCUGUUACUAAGCAGAAUCCCGUGUGCUGCCAUGGACAGUGUGGAGAUGGAAUCUGUCCAGAUUAAAGAGGAGUUCUCUGAACCUGAACUUGUCCCCUUUAGAGCAGAGAUCUCUGGGCUGGCUUCUCUCCCCAUUAAACAGGAGCUCUGUGAGAUGCAAUGUGACAGCAGUCAGCCACAGGUCUCUGAGGUUAAAGCUGAGCGCAAUGAAUUGGAGAUCCCGCAGACAGAAGAACCCCUUCCUGUGAAACAAGAAGAGGUGCUGGAAAUUAACCAUAUUAAACAGGAGCCCCCUGAAGUAGAGUUUGACCACAUGGAACCAGGGAAGGAAGAAUCCGAGGACUUCAAACCAAACAUCCCUAAGAUGGAGAGAGUCUGUGUGAGAGAGCAAGGCGCUGGAGAGGAAGGCUCUUCCAACAGCAUGCAAGGAGGUGGAAAGGAAGACGGGCAGUCACAUUCAGAAUGCAGUCUAGCAGGUUCCAGUCCAGCAGCUAAAGCGAGGGCAGACGGUGGAGAAUAUCCUGACUGUGGGAAAGGUUUAACGCAGUUAGGGCAUUUAAACAAAACCCAGCGAACUCACACAGGCGAGAAACCAUAUCACUGCUCUGACUGUGGGAAGAGUUUCAAUCAUUUUAGAAACCUAAAACAACACCAGCGAAUUCACACAGGAGAGAAACCGUAUCACUGCUUUGACUGUGGGAAGAGUUUCAGUCAGUUAAACAGCCUUGUUUUACAUGAGCGAAUUCAUACAGGAGAGAAACCGUAUCACUGCUCUGACUGUGGAAAGAGUUUCAGUCAGUCAAACAGCCUUGUUUUACACCAGCGAAUUCACACAGGAGAGAAACCGUAUCACUGCUCUGACUGUGGGAAGAGUUUCAGUCGGUCAGACAGCCUUGUUUCACACCAGCGAACUCACACAGGAGAGAAACCGUAUCACUGCUCUGACUGUGGGAAGAAUUUCAGUCGGUCAGGCAGCCUUGUUUCACACCAGCGAACUCACACAGGAGAGAAACCGUAUCGCUGCUCUGACUGUGGGAAGAGUUUCAGACAGUUAGGAAGCCUAAAAGAACACCAGCGAGUUCACACAGGAGCGAAACCAUUUCACUGCUCUGACUGUGGGAAGAGUUUCAGUUGGUCAGACAGCCUUGUUUCACACCUACAAACUCAUACAGGAAAGAAACUGUCUGCUCUGACUGUAGGAAGAGUUUCCGUCUUAAACAAGCCCUUCAAAAACACCAGCGAAUUCAGAGGAGAGAAACCUUAAAGACUGUUUUGUAUAUCACUCUUAACCCUUUGCGGUCAGUUUAUUCAUCACCUGUGAGGCACGUCAAGUCCUACAAAGGAAGGCUUUGCGCUCUCACAGCCUCUCAGUCUCGUGUUCUUAUUGUUUCCGAUCGGAUACUCCCGGCAUUGUGUUAUUUCAGUGAUACUGUAUUUCUUUUAUUUCACUCUAUUAUGUCAUUCAAAUCAUGACUGGAAAGCGACCAAGUGAUAGCAAGAGUGCAGGACCAGUUCGUAAGCGAAAGAAGAUUGAUUUAGAGCAGAAAAUGAAAAUACUGAAAAAGUAUUAAGGCGGACAAAGCCUGUCUUCAGUUGCUUGUGAACUCGAUUUGGCUACCUUUUUUCAUGUUCUAUAAACAUACGUACUGUACACACAUACAUUUACAUAGCCAGACAUACACAAAAACACAUAUACUGUACAGUAUUACACACAUACUGUAUGUGUGUAUAUAUAUAUAUAUAUAUAUAUAUAUAAUUAUUAUUAUCUAUUUCUUAGCAGACGCCCUUAUCCAGGGCGGCUUACAAUUGUUACAAGAUAUCACAUUAUUUUUACAUACAAUUACCCAUUUAUACAGCUGGGUUUUUACUAGAGCAAUUUAGGUAAAGUACCUUGCUCAUGGGUACAGCAGCAGUGUCCUCCACCGGGGAUUGAACCCACAACCCUCCGGUCAAGAGUCCAGAGCCCUAACCACUACUCCACACUGCUAUAUAUAUAGCGUCUGUAAUUUUGAAUACUGACUGGAUACUGUUUUAAUUCUGGAAACAGUUUUUUUAAUCGUUUGGUUUUGCUAAAUUGCAUUGCCUCUUACUGUUUACACAUUUCUGACAUUUAGAUUUAAAAAUACAAACAAUUAUACUUUAAUUAAUAAUUGAAACAAGAUAAGACUUAAACUGAACAGGUGAUAUUUUGUGCAUUUUAAAACAACAAUUACAAAUGUCUGAACCGUUUAAACAUUGAUUUGAAUGUAUCUACAAGUUUUGAAGUAACUCUAGAUUACAGCUUAAUAGGGCUGUCAGUUAAUGCUGUAUUACUGCAAAUGUUUACUCCUGCUUGUCUCUAGACUUCUAAUUCUGGUACCGUGAUUUCUAACUUUAAUAUUCAUCUUCCUUUUGUGAGCCUUAAUAAACCUAAUUAUUUAUA